GGUGAUAAGAGUGCCUUAGGAAAAAGACGAAAUUCCGAAGAUUAUGAGGAAAAUCGAAUUUCAAAAAAGCGUCAGAAUAGAUAUAUCAUACCACCGCCACGACCCAAAUCGAAACCAGAUAGUGACACUGAAGAUCAUGAAGAGAGGUUUCAGAUCAUGAAGUGCAAGUAUCUGAAAAAGAGAUUUCGGCAGGGAGGGUUGACUUUGACUGAUCCCGUUGUAAGUUGGACUUUAUCAACCGGAAAAAACGUUGGUGAGAUAUUAUCUGCAUAUCGGGAGAAAAUUCCUCGUACAAAGGCAUAUCUAUACCCGGCCUAUUUCGGUAUUUUAGACCUUUCUGGAGAAGAUGUUGAA